AUGGCAUUUGUUUCAGCACAAGGGCCUACGGUGGUGGACCAAACCACUCUGAUGAAAAAAUACCUUCAGUUUGUGGCUGCUCUUACGGAUGUCAAUACACCCGAUGAAACCAAAUUGAAAAUGAUGCAAGAAGUCAGUGAGAAUUUUGAGAAUGUGACAUCAUCCCCUCAAUAUUCUACCUUCUUGGAACACAUCAUCCCUAGGUUUCUCACCUUUCUACAGGAUGGAGAAGUUCAGUUUCUGCAGGAGAAGCCAGCACAGCAACUCCGAAAGCUAGUGCUUGAAAUAAUUCACAGAAUACCAACAAAUGAACAUCUUCGUCUUCAUACCAAAAAUAUCCUCUCUGUGAUGUUUAGAUUUCUAGAGACGGAGAAUGAAGAAAAUGUACUGAUUUGCUUGAGAAUAAUUAUUGAAUUGCACAAACAGUUCCGACCAGCAAUCACUCAAGAAAUUCAUCAUUUUUUGGACUUUGUGAAACAGAUUUACAAGGAACUUCCGAAAGUAGUGAAUCGAUAUUUUGAGAGUCCUCAGGUGAUUCCAGAGAACACUGUUCCUACUCCUGAAAUGGUUGGCAUGAUUACAACAAUCGUGGUGAAAGUAAACCCUGAGCGAGAAGAUAGUGAAACGAGGACACAUUCUAUAAUUCCCAGAGGAUCUUUAUCUCUAAAGGUCUUGGCUGAGCUACCUAUUAUUGUUGUUCUUAUGUAUCAGCUCUACAAACUGAACAUCCAUAAUGUAGUAGCUGAAUUUGUGCCCUUGAUUAUGAACACUAUUAUAAUACAGGUUUCUGCUCAAGCGAGGCAACAUAAACUUUAUAACAAGGAAUUAUAUGCCGAUUUUAUUGCUGCUCAAAUUAAAACGUUGUCUUUUUUGGCUUACAUCAUAAGAAUUUACCAGGAAUUAGUGGCUAAAUAUUCUCAGCAAAUGGUAAAAGGAAUGUUGCAGCUGCUCUCCAAUUGUCCAGCCGAAACAGCGCACCUCCGGAAGGAGCUUCUGAUUGCUGCUAAGCACAUCUUGACAACAGACCUGAGGAGCCAAUUUAUUCCAUGUAUGGACAAGCUAUUUGAUGAAUCUAUACUAAUUGGCUCUGGAUACACUGCCCGAGAGACACUGAGACCGCUUGCAUAUAGUACACUGGCAGACCUGGUACAUCAUGUCCGUCAGCAUUUACCACUCAAUGAUCUCUCCCUUGCUGUCCAGUUAUUUGCCAAGAACAUUGAUGAUGAGUCGUUGCCUAGCAGUAUCCAGACAAUGUCUUGCAAGCUUCUGCUAAAUUUGGUAGACUGUAUCCGGUCUAAAAGUGAACAGGAGAAUGGAAAUGGUAGAGAUAUUCUUAUGAGAAUGCUGGAGGUUUUUGUUCUGAAAUUUCACACUAUAGCACGGUACCAGCUUUCUGUAAUUUUUAAAAAAUGCAAGCCACAGUCUGAACUUGGGACUGCUGAAGCCGCGUUACCCGGAGUACCGACAGCAGGAAAUGCAGCACCUGUUCCUGUUCCAUCUCCUGCCCCAGCCACUCCAGUGGCCCCUGCGCCAGUACCUGUGUUUGAAAAACAAGGGGAGAAAGAAAAAGAGGAUAAACAGACAUUUCAGGUCACAGAUUGCCGAAGCUUAGUAAAAACUUUGGUCUGUGGUGUCAAGACAAUCACGUGGGGCAUAACAUCAUGCAAAGCUCCUGGUGAAGCACAAUUCAUUCCCAAUAAGCAGUUGCAACCCAAGGAGACUCAAAUCUAUAUAAAACUGGUAAAAUAUGCAAUGCAAGCUUUAGAUAUUUAUCAGGUCCAAAUAGCAGGAAAUGGACAGACGUAUGUUCGAGUAGCAAACUGUCAGACAGUCAGAAUGAAAGAGGAAAAGGAAGUUCUGGAGCAUUUUGCCGGUGUGUUCACAAUGAUGAACCCUUUAACUUUUAAAGAAAUCUUUCAGACUACUGUUCCUUAUAUGGUGGAGAGAAUCUCAAAAAACUAUGCUCUUCAGAUUGUUGCCAAUUCCUUCUUGGCAAACCCUACUACCUCUGCCCUCUUUGCAACGAUUUUGGUAGAGUAUCUUCUGGAUCGGCUGCCAGAAAUGGGCUCUAAUGUGGAACUCUCCAAUCUGUAUCUCAAGCUGUUCAAGUUAGUCUUUGGCUCCGUUUCACUGUUUGCAGCUGAAAAUGAACAAAUGCUGAAGCCACAUUUGCACAAGAUUGUGAACAGCUCUAUGGAACUUGCACAGACUGCCAAAGAGCCCUAUAACUACUUCCUGCUGCUCAGAGCGCUGUUCAGAUCUAUCGGAGGAGGCAGUCAUGAUCUGUUAUAUCAGGAAUUCUUGCCGCUGUUACCAAACUUACUGCAAGGACUUAAUAUGUUGCAAAGUGGCCUUCAUAAACAACACAUGAAAGACUUGUUUGUAGAGCUCUGCCUCACUGUGCCAGUUCGUUUGAGCUCAUUACUGCCUUAUCUGCCAAUGCUGAUGGAUCCUUUGGUGUCAGCUCUCAAUGGAUCUCAGACGCUGGUUAGCCAAGGCUUAAGGACUCUGGAGUUGUGCGUGGAUAACUUGCAGCCAGAUUUCCUGUAUGAUCACAUUCAGCCGGUUCGAGCUGAGCUAAUGCAGGCUUUGUGGCGUACGCUGCGCAAUCCUGCAGAUAGCAUUUCUCACGUGGCUUAUCGGGUACUUGGUAAAUUUGGUGGAAGUAACAGGAAGAUGUUAAAGGAAUCACAGAAACUACAAUAUGUAGUCACAGAAAUCCAAGGACCCAGUAUUACAAUUGAAUUUUCAGACUGUAAAGCAUCCAUUCAGCUCCCAAUGGAAAAGGCGAUUGAGACUGCUCUGGACUGUUUGAAGAGUGCUAACACAGAACCGUAUUAUCGCAGGCAAGCGUGGGAAGUGAUCAAGUGUUUCUUAGUAGCUAUGAUGAGCCUGGAUGAUAAUAAACAUGCAUUAUACCAACUUCUUGCACAUCCCAACUUUACUGAGAAGUCCAUACCCAGUGUGAUUAUUUCGCAUCGCUACAAAGCUCAGGAUACUCCAGCCCGUAAAACAUUUGAACAGGCAUUGACAGGGGCAUUCAUGUCAGCAGUCAUCAAAGAUCUGAGACCCAGUGCUCUGCCGUUUGUAGCCAGCUUGAUCCGCCAUUACACAAUGGUGGCGGUCGCUCAGCAGUGUGGUCCUUUUUUGCUGCAGUGCUAUCAGGUUGGAAGCCAGCCCAGCACAGCCAUGUUUCAUAGUGAAGAGAAUGGGUCGAAAGGCAUGGAUCCCUUGGUGCUUAUUGAUGCCAUAGCAAUCUGCAUGGCGUAUGAGGAGAAGGAACUCUGCAAAAUAGGAGAAGUGGCACUGGCAGUGAUAUUUGAUGUUGCAAGCAUUAUCUUGGGUUCAAAGGAAAGGGCUUGUCAGCUUCCCUUAUUUUCGUACAUUGUGGAGCGUUUAUGUGCUUGCUGUUACGAACAAGCUUGGUAUGCUAAACUGGGAGGUGUUGUGUCAAUUAAAUUUCUUAUGGAACGACUGCCACUGAUUUGGGUCCUUCAGAACCAGCAGACUUUCUUGAAGGCACUUCUCUUUGUUAUGAUGGAUCUAACUGGAGAGGUUUCCAAUGGAGCAGUUGCUAUGGCAAAGACCACAUUGGAGCAGCUUUUGAUUAGAUGUGCAACUCCUUUAAAAGAUGAAGAAAAAACAGAAGAAAUCCUAGCAGCACAGGAAAAGUCUUUCCAUCAUGUCACACAUGACCUCGUUCGAGAAGUAACCUCUCCAAACUCUACUGUGAGGAAGCAGGCCAUGCAUUCCUUGCAGGUGCUCGCACAGGUCACUGGAAAAAGUGUCACGGUGAUUAUGGAGCCACAUAAAGAGGUUCUCCAAGACAUGGUUCCUCCUAAAAAGCAUUUACUUAGGCAUCAACCUGCAAAUGCCCAGAUUGGCCUGAUGGAGGGAAAUACAUUUUGCACAACCCUGCAGCCCCGACUGUUUACGAUGGAUCUAAAUGUUGUAGAACACAAGGUUUUCUACACAGAGUUACUGAAUUUGUGUGAGGCUGAGGAUGCUGCCUUAAUGAAACUACCUUGCUACAAAAGUCUUCCAUCACUUGUACCUCUUCGGAUUGCAGCCUUAAAUGCUCUAGCUGCCUGCAAUUACUUGCCUCAGUCAAGAGAGAAAAUCAUUGCUGCACUUUUCAAGGCACUUAAUUCAACAAAUAAUGAACUGCAGGAGGCAGGAGAAGCAUGCAUGAGAAAGUUCUUGGAAGGAGCUACCAUAGAAGUUGAUCAAAUUCAUACACACAUGAGACCGUUGCUUAUGAUGUUGGGAGACUAUCGAAGUCUGACACUGAAUGUCGUGAAUCGCCUGACAUCUGUCACUAGACUUUUUCCAAACUCCUUUAAUGAUAAAUUCUGUGAUCAGAUGAUGCAACACCUGCGUAAAUGGAUGGAAGUUGUAGUUAUUACACACAAAGGUGGACAACGGAGUGAUGGAAAUCCUGCCACGGAAGGGGUAGAGGAAAUGAAGAUCUGUUCAGCAAUUAUAAAUUUAUUCCAUCUGAUCCCAGCUGCUCCUCAGACUUUGGUUAAACCUCUGUUGGAAGUUGUUAUGAAAACAGAACGAGCAAUGUUAAUUGAGGCUGGCAGUCCAUUCAGGGAACCACUGAUAAAAUUUUUGACACGUCAUCCAUCCCAGACUGUGGAGCUGUUCAUGAUGGAAGCCACUCUGAAUGAUCCACAGUGGAGCAGAAUGUUUAUGAGUUUCUUAAAACAUAAAGAUGCCAAGCCUCUACGAGAUGUACUGGCAGCUAAUCCGAACCGAUUUAUCACUCUGCUGUUACCUGUUGGUACCCAAGCAGCUGUUAGACCUGGUUCUCCAAGUACUACUACAAUGCGUCUCGAUCUUCAGUUUCAGGCUAUCAAGAUCAUAAGUAUUAUUGUUAAGAAUGAUGAAUGUUGGUUAGCAAAUCAACAUUCCUUGGUGAAUCAACUGAAGCGUGUAUGGGUGAGUGAAGCUUUUCAGGAGAGACAUCGUAAGGAGAAUAUGGCUGCGACAAAUUGGAAAGAACCUAAGCUAUUAGCAUAUUGCUUACUGAAUUACUGCAAAAGGAAUUAUGGUGAUAUAGAGUUGCUCUUCCAGUUGCUUCGGGCUUUUACGGGUCGAUUUCUCUGCAAUAUGACUUUCUUAAAGGAAUACAUGGAAGAAGAGAUCCCCAAAAACUACAGUAUACCCCAAAAACGAGCUUUGUUUUUCCGGUUUGUAGACUUCAAUGACCCAAACUUUGGAGAUGAGCUCAAAGCCAAGGUGCUGCAACAUAUCCUGAAUCCUGCUUUCUUGUACAGUUUUGAAAAGGGAGACGGUGAACAGCUGCUGGGACCCCCAAACCCAGAAGGAGAUAAUCCAGAAAGCAUCACUAGCGUUUUUAUAACAAAGGUACUUGAUCCGGAAAAACAGGCUGAUAUGCUGGAUUCUCUCAGGAUAUAUCUCUUGCAGUUUGCCACACUGCUGGUUGAGCACGCUCCACAUCACAUUCAUGACAAUAACAAAAACCGGAACAGCAAACUGCGACGCCUAAUGACGUUUGCUUGGCCUUGCCUCUUGUCCAAGGCAUGUGUGGACCCAGCAUGCAAAUACAGCGGACAUUUGCUCUUGGCACACAUCAUUGCGAAGUUUGCCAUACAUAAGAAGAUAGUUCUGCAGGUUUUUCACAGUCUUCUAAAAGCUCAUGCGAUGGAGGCCCGAGCUAUUGUCAGGCAAGCGAUGGCUAUUCUGACUCCAGCUGUGCCUGCUCGAAUGGAGGAUGGACAUCAAAUGCUGACUCACUGGACACGAAAAAUCAUUGUGGAAGAGGGUCAUACGGUUCCCCAACUAGUACAUAUUUUGCACUUGAUAGUACAACAUUUCAAGGUUUAUUAUCCAGUGAGACAUCACUUGGUUCAGCAUAUGGUUAGUGCCAUGCAGAGACUGGGCUUCACUCCCAGUGUUACGAUAGAGCAAAGAAAAUUAGCUGUGGAUCUUGCUGAAGUAGUUAUUAAAUGGGAAUUGCAAAGAAUUAAAGACCAGCAGCCAGAUUCAGAUAUGGAUUCAGGUGCAAGUGGAGACGGAGCAAGUUCUGCCUCAUCUGCUGUUAAAAGAGGAUUGUCUGUGGAUUCUGGCCAAGAAGUAAAACGAUUCAGGACAGCUACAGGAGCAAUAAGUGCUGUAUUUGGACGUAGCCAGUCCUUGCCAGGGGCUGAUGCACUUCUUUCCAAGCCGAUUGACAAGCAGCAUACAGAUACAGUCGUGAAUUUCUUGAUUAGAAUUGCUUGCCAGGUAAAUGACAAUUCAAACACUGCUGGAUCUCCUGGGGAGUUGCUGUCUCGCCGCUGUGUCAACCUUCUGAAAACAGCUUUACGACCAGACAUGUGGCCAAAAUCAGAGCUGAAGUUGCAGUGGUUUGAUAAGCUGCUAAUGACUGUGGAACAACCCAAUCAGGCCAACUUUGCCAACAUCUGCACUGGCUUAGAGGUCCUAAGUUUCCUGUUGACUGUACUUCAGCCCCCUGCUAUCCUGAGCAGCUUCAAACCCCUGCAACGAGGUGUAGCUGCCUGUAUGACUUGCGGAAACACCAAAGUUUUGAGGGCGGUCCACAGUUUGCUUUCUCGCUUGAUGGGAAAAAAAAAGAACCAAGUAUGUACCUCAAGUGUAGCUUCAAAAUAUGAAGAGCUGGAGUGCCUUUAUGCUGCAGUUGGGAAGGUUAUUUAUGAAGGACUUACUAAUUACGAAAAAGCCACUAACACGAACCCUUCUCAGCUUUUUG